UAUACCAACACACUUACGACGUUAACCACAACGAAUAGCAACCUGGAAGCGACCUCAACCAGCACGCGAGUAUUGGAGGAAGCUUUAGCAGCCCUAGGUGCGAGUAGCAAAAUGGUACUGGAGGCACUUAUUCAGUUUACAGAAACGUUAGACCACAGCGAAACUCCCCCAACCCAUGAGCAGGAAACUAAAUAUCAAGAAUAUUUGGAAAAUGUGGAGGGAAGCUUGGAGGAAGCUCAAGCGCUUAUAAUUCGCUCCUUCACAACACAGAAAAUUUUGGGUAAAUUCCAAGUGGAGCUCCAACGGAAGGUUCUUAAGCAGUUUUGCGACAAGAACGCGAGCGACGACGAUUGGAACGUCCACGAAAUGGUAGUCGAACUUGACAAAAUAAUGACAGCGGAAGAGCGACUACUGGAGAUGCUCCCAGACAAAGACCGUCACAUCCGGCAAGGAAAUAAGCCAACAGGUGGUAGUCGAUCAGAAAGCGCUCAGGUGCGGAACGCACCGACACAGCCGAGAAAAUGUCUCUAUUGUGACAGUACUGACCAUAAUUCAUUAAGAUGCUCAAAAGUGGUCCUAAUAAAUGACCGGAGUGAGCUCUUAAGAAGGAAUAGGCGGUGCACGAACUGCGGGAUGCAGAACCAUUUCGUGCGCGAGUGUGCGAGUACAGGCUGCAGGAGAUGUGAUAAUAAAAAACAUCACUUCUCGAUCUGCCCUAAACUAGUACAGGAAGUGUUUGGCCGCCAGGAAGGAGGCGAAAACACGCGCCAACCCCCACCAACAAGAGGCAGCGGGGAGAAAACAGGCAAGCCUUAUAGAAAGGUAAAUACACAGAGCAUAGAAAGUACAUCAAAUCCGCAAAACGAACAGAACCCCCAAUUCGAGGAAACAUGCAGUGCAGAGGUUCAAAGCAUGGCGGAAGGAGACCGUUGUGGAAAAAACGAUGUAUACCUUCUGACCGGUACAGCAUGGAUUCGGCACCCCAGCACAAACCAGGUGGAAGAGGUUCACAUUCUGCUCGACACGGGAGCAGAUAAGUCGUUCAUUCAAAGCGAAUUUGCAAAU